AUGGAUAAUGCCAAAUAUAAAAACACCAAAACGUUCGCUGCAUAUUUCUGGAGAGUGAAAGACGUAGGCAAACCGGGCCCUGCGAUCGUGUGGGGAAGUGUGGAGAGAUUUUAUAAUCUAUCUAUCUAUCUAUCUAUCUAUCUAUCUAUCUAUCUAUCUAUCUAUCUUUUAUUUUAUCGGCUUCUCUUUAUUCCUUUACUUCCCUUUCCGUCAUUCAUUUAUUCGCUUUAUCUCGUCUUCACUUAUAUGCACAGACAUUUUCUAUUUUUUCUUUCUUUUUUUUCUUUCUUUCUUUCUUUCUUUCUUUCUUUCUUUCUUCGAACUCUCUGUUUCACUAUAAUUGUUUUCCUCUCUUUCUUUUACCAUCUGAUUUCUUCCCGCAUAUCUAUCUCCGUUUAUCUAUCUGUCUGUCUCGGUCUUCUUUUACCUAUCUAUUUAUAUAUCGCUGAAUUAUAUUUACCAUCUAUUUCAGUGAAUUCAUACUUACAUGGUUUAUUCUGCCUCUCAGUCUUAGUCUACGUGCUUCAUACCAUCGACCCUGAAGUCACUCAACUGUUCUAG